AUGUCCACCGAAAUGGAAAUCGAUGCUCCCGCCGCAGCAGAGGCAUCGCAAAACGGAGCCUCCUCGAUUACCGACACCGACAAGCAAGUUGCAUCCGGCGGGGGGACGACGGGAAGCGAGGCGCGUACCACGCAGUCUGCCGUCGCCGUACGCAGUAUCGAAGGCUGGAUCGUGAUCGCGACCAAUAUCCACGAAGAGGCUACAGAGGAAGACAUCACGGACCUGUUUGCCGAGUACGGCGAGAUCAAGAACCUGCACCUCAAUUUGGACCGGCGGACGGGGUAUGUCAAGGGCUACGUUCUCAUCGAGUACCCCACCCAGGUCGAAGCCUCCGCGACCAUCAAAGCGCUGAACGGGUCCAAACUCCUUGAUCAGACUAUCUCAGUCGAUUACGCUUUUGUGCGCCCGCCAGUAGCCAAAGGCGACAGCAAAGCUGGCCGUGGAGGCAAAGCGAGUGAGCGGAGGGGUGGUGGUCGGGCAGCGACAGCUAGAAGUCGCAGCCGCAGCAAGUCCAAGAGCCGUAGCCGCAGUCGCGAUAGAGAGAGAAGGAGGGAUAGGGAUGUGGAUAGGGAUAGGGAUGAUGACACGAUGGACAGGGAUUGA